UUCCUCGAAGACCGCCAAAAAGUAUCGAGGUCGGACGGGUGAUAGCGGAUAUUGCCGAGGCGUGGCGGAAACGACCGAUUGGCGUCGAACAAUCACGAGUCGGAGCCGUUGCGCGGUUCGGCUGAUUGCAGGCGCGCAGUGCAGCCGCCGGUAGAAGCAGCCUCGCAGUCGCUGCUCGGCUAUGUUUCAGCUGAGGUGAGCGCACGAGGGACGGCUCGUGUCGCCGCCGGUUCGUCCUCUUCUCGUGCUUUUUCCGUUCGUUUCUCGCCGCCUUUCUCCUCCAUCCCCCUUCACGUGUGCAUUCGAUCGUGGACAAACGGGUCUCGUCGUCUGGCGCGAUCAUCGAACGAACCUAGUCUCACCAACGAACACGACGUAAGUGCUUCGUGACAGUCACCAUGGUGUUGCUUAGAUACCUAGAUUUUUGUACUCGAUGUGUGACGGCACGUAGUCGAGCAGCCGCUCGGUGUAUUCGAUUGAUAUUCGACGGGUGUUCUUUCUAACCGUAGAGAGAAGGGAUGAAUUGUUAACCGCAACAAAUGGUAAGAUCGACGAAGGCAGGAGUGUCAGUGUUUGGAAAUGACUCGCGGUUAUUUCGUUUGGAAUGUGUUAUCGCUCCGUGUCUUCGGCCGCCAAUCGCUGCCUGUGUUUACAUACACGGUCGAAUCGUAUGGUCUUCGUAAACUUCAUAAAUUCACACGAGUUCUCGAGAACGUGUUGCCUAAUCAGGUAAUUAAUCAUGCCGGUCGUGCCAGCCGAGGGUGCCGGCCAACUGGAGGACCUUGACGAGCCUCCAGAGCCUCGUGUCCGCGGUGGGAGCGGAAGGGCCAGCCUUAUGAAACCCCUGGUUGUCCUCGCCCUUCCUGGCAUGUAUCUUUUCUACAAGUACAGCCAGUACAGGAGGGAGCAGCGCGAAUUGUCACGGAGGCGGGUCACCGAGAGGGAGCUUCAACAUCUUCAUCACAAGAUCGACAAGCUGUUGACCAAGCUCGAGAAAAACGAGCCGGAAUUAGCCUCCUCUCAAGAAGACGAGUGCGUGAUCUGUGUGAAUGCCAGAGCCACGAUGCAAACAGCUCCGUGUGGUCAUCGGGUCGUUUGCAGGCGUUGCUUCGUCAAGACGAUACAAAUGGCCGUGUCGCAGAGGCUUUUACCUUUGAGAUGCGUGAUAUGCAGAGCAAAGAUUCUACGUUUGAAACAAACCCUCAUCCCACGGGACUACUCGAUGUCGGGCAAGUCGUGGGUUCUGCCGCAAAGCGCCUCGGAGUACAAUAUGGGGACGGGAGUGCCCGUUGGAGUGACUGGUCCCGGUGGAAGAUGGGUCGCUGGAAGCGUCCCAGCGUCCGCCUCCCUCUACUCCAUGGCGAGCGGUUCAUCCUCUAUUUCCGGAGUGUCUUCCGUGUCUUCCUCGAGUUCGUCCUCUGCAAGUAGCACGGGAAGUUCCAAUCUUGGGAAACCUACGAGGGUGAGGCAACCUUCCGGCGCGACUUUGAGACGCUCCCAGACCCAAUCUAUGAAAAUGAGAAUUCAGGAGUAUCAAGAUCCGGUUCAACAGGUCGCCGAGGAGGAAGAGGUGAUGAGGGAGAAUCGGGAUCGUAGAUUGCCGCCUAUCAAGGAAUUCCAAAGGGAUUAUCGCGCGGGAAAAGCAUCCACUAGGAUAAGAUGUGCUCAAAAAAUUGUGACUCAACUGGAAGCGUCACCGAGCCCCAGGGACUCGGGCAACGUGUCCAGCUCGACGUCCUCGUCAUCGACGAAGUCUACGUCGAAGAGGCCUCAGUCGGCGCCGAAGUUGUCGGUGGUCCAAGAGAUACAAAAGUCGAAGAAGGAGAAGGAAAGGGAGAAGGAGCGAGAGAAAGCGGAGAAGGCUCGUCAGAAGGAGGAGGAGAAGGCGGAGAAGACGAGGCAGAAGGAGGCUAAAAAGCUGGCCAAGGAGGAGAAGAAGAGGGCGAAGAAGGAAGCGAAGGCGAGGCGAAAGGAGGCCGAAGAAUCCCUCCUUAGGGAGGAAAAGUAGUCUUCGAGUAGUCGAGUAGGGGCGACGAGUAGAAAAAUCCGGGACGAUCGAUGGAAGUCUGAGAAAAAAAGAGAAAAAAAGGAUUUCGAAUAUUGCUAGGAUCUCAUCGUGCUCGGGGCACGUUCAAGCUGUGUCGUGGACGCGAUCGUUAUUAAAGAAAGAAAAAAAAAAAAGAAAAAAAAAAAAGAAAUCAAAAGAUUCACGAGCAUUUUGUAAUUCUUAGGGUCUAGUUAGUGUUCUUCUCGAGACGCGCGGCCAUUUCGAUGAUUCAAAAGUAGGCGGUGGUGUCUACCGUCUAUUGAUAUAAUAAUAAUAGCGUUUUCAUUCCGGAGAGGAAGGGUCUAUUUAUCGACUAUAUAUAUAUAUACAUAUUACCGCUUUAUUUAAAGAACAAUUAGGAUAAGACAUUUUAACGUUUUAUAAAAGGGCGGGUAGAGAUGGGUAGUGGAUAGUUUCGCGGGACAGCUUGAACCGAUGCCAAUCCCGAGGGAUGUGAGAACGUAUAGCGGCGAUAGAAAAAAAAAAAAAACGUAUAUCUAAGAAAACCUAGAAGCGGCCAAACAUAGUAACCUGUCAUAUCGAGUUAUCGCGGACUAAUAAUACUAAUCGAUAGGAAGACUCGAGAGAAAAGCGUAGCGCUACGUUGCUAUUAUUUGAUUAUCGCGUAAUCUAUAUAACCCUUUAUCCUGGGCGUUUCCUUUUUGUAGGAACAGUUACCUCGUGACGUUUUGUCGUUACUUUUUUUUAUAGGAUCAUCGUCGAUCGUACUACUCGAUCACCAACUCGAAAUCGGUCAUUUCUAGUUGGUUGGUCUACGAACACCACGUUCCAAAAACCUAUUUUUCGGAUAUAUCUGCUUCACGGACAAUACUUUCGAGUACGUAGUUUGUUGAUUCGCAGUUAUUAAUCUCCCCGCAGUUCGUCACGUUAUUUCUAGGAAGAAGGGAAGAAAACUUGAAGUUAUUCUUCAUUCGACGAAUCUCCUCGAUCGUGCAUCCCGAUAAUUCUUGUUCCUCCUCCAAUCGAUACUAAGUCAUCGGUGCAUAUUAGUUAGAAACUGCUGUUAACAUUAAAAUUCAUUUCCGUUGUUCCGUUCUUCGAUCCAGGACGAUUAUCGGAAGAGAAUGUCGAAGGCGAUGAGAAUCAUCAGGCGUGAAAAGAAAUUUCAUUUUAUCGAGUACCGAUCAAAAAGUAUCCAUUUAUAUUUUUCUUUUUUUUUUCUCGUUUUCAUCCUUGCCGAUCGAUUAUUAUUUCAUCCUGUUCCCCUCGCGCAUACGUACUCCUGUACACGUACGCGCAUACUUGUGAGACGAGUGUAUUCACUCGGAGGGAGAUAGACGAACGUAAUUCACGGUAUACGUAUACCACGACGAUAAGCCUAAGCAAGGAUUCGAUUGAGAACACGCGGAAGGAUGUUUAUUCUAUAACGGUGGGACAGAGUUUGAAGGGAAAAAAGUAAAAAAGUAAAAAAAAAAAAUAUAAAUAAAUAAAAAAAAAAAUAAAAAAAAAUAAAAGAGAAAAAAAAUAAUCAUAGUACAAUACGAUAGAUAGAUACGACGAAAGCAGAGUUUCGAGUGCAGUGCGUGCCUCGUUUAUCGACUUCGUGAUUACCGUAGAUGAGUAGCGUUUUAUCGAUUCGUUUAAAUCCUCUUCUCUCUCUCGAGACAAGGCUCGAGAAGCUUAAUUAAUCGAUCAACUACUUGCAAAACUGUUACCACCCUUUGCCACGUUGCCCUAGGCGCUAUUUCAAAGAGUCCUCUUUAUCCCGUAACCCUUUCCACUGAGCGGAAGUGAUAAAUUACUCGUUCGACGGGAAGCGAUCCGUGUUUCAUGAACUUUACAGUACUCGUAAUAUUCUCUUUCGAUGUUAUUCUAAUCUCUGGUAUUCAAACUACUGAUAAUUUUAAACUACCAAUAUCGAAAAUGGAAGAAAUUGUGCGAUCCAUGUUCGAAGAAGAAUUCGACACUUGACACUUGAUCGAUUCGAUCGUGUCGAAAAGUGUUGAGAAGCCAGCACGGUGACGAAUAAGAGUUGGAAAUUGGGAAACGUAUUAAACGUUAUACGUGAUAUUUCAAGCAGCGCGGGUAUAAGAAAGAAGCGAAUGAGGGAGGAAAAAGUAGGUUGAAUAUCACGGAGUAUACACGAUUCACGGUUACGAGACUAAUCCCGCGAUUAAACCUCUUUGAAACUGUUCUCGCCCCCCCUGUCCCUGCCCCUACUUUUUCAACCCUUCGGUUCGAUGAGCGAUACUGGAUAAAAUGAUGCUCGGGGAUAGAAUUAAUAAAAUGUUUGAUCGAUAUUCUCGCAUUAUUAUUAGACAGACCGAUGGUCUUUUCGUUCUUGACACGGGAUACGAGUUACGAUUUUGAAAUUUCUUCUUUUCUUUUCUUUUUUUUAUUUCAUCUCUCCAGCUCGAUAACAGGCGAUAGAUGGUUUUUUUGAUCGUUGUGAGCCAGCAUCGCUCGAGAGCCAAGCUCAAGCAGCCAAAAAUCAAAAGCAAUUUUUUUACAGCGCGCGACAAUGAUAUAUUUACAAAGAGCGACGGGGUGCGAGGAAAAGAGGAAAGAGGGAGGAAGGGAAGCAAGAAACGAGACGAGAAGACUUUCGAAAUUUGAAAUGAUAGGAUCAGCAGCAAGUAGAGACAAUCUCUCGAUGAAGCGAAGAAUUCUCGGUUUUUCUUUUUUAUUCGUUAUUCCGUUCUUCUAUCGUUCUCUCUUUUUUUUUUUUUUUUUUUGUAUUCCUUCGUAACCUUCAAACGUUGCUCGUCCUCCUCCUAACUUGACCUAAUUUACGCACUGCCGGUGAUUUUGAUUUCUCGAACGAUCGAACUUUGCGAGGAAUGGCGAGGAAUAUUAAAUCGACAUGUCUCCAUGAGUCGGAUCGUUUUUGAUUCGAAGGAUAGGCGUUUCAUCGUUAUCUUUUUUAUAAAAAGGAAAAAAAAAAAGAAAAAAAGAAAGGAAAGUGGAGUUCGAUCAAUUCCUUUCCUUUGAUUUCGUUCAUUCGCGUGUCAUUUUACGUGUUAAAUUUUUCUCGCAAAGGAAAAAAAAAAAAAACGGUCGAGAAAGUCUCCAGUUUUCCUCCGUUUCGAACGACGAUGGAAGAUAACUCUGUCAGAUGAAUCCAUCCGCGCGCGAAUAGGAAAAUCUCUUUGAUUCGUCCGUCGCGGAUUGUGAUUGCGAUGAAAAAGACCCGACAGACGAUCUCUUUGUUCGUAUCCGAGAUAAAAAAAUCAUCGCGCACAUAUCAGUAGUGAUUAAUGCAUUUUACUCGGCGUCUUUGCUCCAACUUCAUCUACAACGUGAAAAUCCGUGUCUGUUCGUCGAGGGACCGGUUUCGUAUCUCUUGUCGCGUCGAGCCGAUGAUGAAGUUAAACUCGAGGACGCUGCCAAUUAGCGUGUAACGUAGACUGUCAAUUAUUACCUGUUACAUCGGUUUCCAUUCGUAAACGAGCCGAGCAUUUCACGUAAGCAUGCAUCGUAAUCGACGGCAUUAUUCUAUUCUGAAGGAGCUCGUGUCGCUCGAGUGCCACUCGAACUCCAUUAAGAAAAAGAAGCACGCGCGCUUCUUUCUAGGGUUCGAGGGAACAGUGUCAAGGGAAUCUUCACGCGUUCACAUUUCGAAUCGUUUCGUUGCGUUCGCGAGACUUUCUCGAAUCUAACGUGAAAAGAAAAGGAGAGAGAGAGAGAGAGACGAGAGGGAAGCAAGAAAGGAAAGAAAAUUUUCGAGAAGAUAGAUCACAGAAAUAAAGCGAGAGAAAGAGAGAGAGAGAGAGAGAGAGAGAGAGAGAGAGAGAGAGAAGGAGAAAAAGAAAAUACAUGUGUGUGUAUGUGAGAGAGAGAGAGAGAGAGAGAAUGUGAGUGUUUUCUGCCAUCGUAAAGUCAAUUUUAUCGUGUACGUAUGUAUAUGUAUCGUUUCAAUAAAAACGGACGCUGCAGGUAGAUAUUUUUGCUGAGACGAUUUCAGCGGACGAUUCUUCGAUAUUACGUGGCCUGAAACUCGAAACGAAAGAGAUAGAGAGAAAAGAGAGAAAGGGAUAGACUCCUUCAGGUUCAGCGAUUUUAUUAUAUCUUUGUCGGAUCGUAAGAAAUUAUAUUGCAAUAUCCUACGAUCCGGCUGUAAAUCCUGGCCUUCCUGGCGUCACUUCUAUGCGUGUACAAGAUCAUGGUUCGUUCUUAGUUUGCGAUCUACUAUAUCGUACUCGAUCGAUCUGAAAGCAAGAGGAUCGAGAAUAAUAGAAGAUCUGAAAUGCUUCGAAUAGACGAUAGUAGAGAUGAUGCUGUAUAAAUGCGGAUUAAAGAGAUAAAUUAAGGAUUGUUGAGCUACGAAGAUUUUUCGUAUAGCAUUUGGAAAAAUUAUUUAAGAAAGGGAAGGCAAACUUAUAAAUAUCUCGAGACACAAAAAUUGUUGGCAAUAAUAUUUCAACUAGAAAAAGAGAGAGAAAGUAGUAGUGGAUGAGAGAGAGAGAGAGAGAGAGAGAGAGAGAGAGAGAGAGAGAGAGAGAGAGAGAGAGAGAUGAAUCGUGCGGCGUCUGUAAUCGAUACAGCGCGACGUGCAUGUAUCGCGUUCAAUACGAGGAUAACUUUAUUGUACUUUAUCGUGUAAGAGAGAUUUGUAGAGAGUUUAUAUUAGGCCAAUUGUCACAGUGAGAGUUAUACGAUAGUGAUGUUUUUUUCUCCUUCAGAAGAAAUCGUGGCCAACUAUUCCAAUUCCCUUCCCUUCAAAAGAAGAGAAUUUCGCUCCGCUUCGCGUCUGAUCCACCAUGUUUUAAUUCGCUCGUCUUUUAUUCUCCCAGUUUUAUCAUUACCAAGCUUGCGGAUCAAUCGAUGUUCAAUAAUCGACGAGAAAAAUUGGAGAAAUAGCAUAUCCGGGUGAACGAAGCUAAAAGUGCUAAAACUGACCUCGAACAGUCCAAAUAGUUGGCCACAAUUACAGGCACAAAAGAUCGUGUCGCGUUCCAGCAUAAUACUCGCGUAACAAUUUCCUGGAUGAUCAAUUUGUGUGAUAUGGACAAUGAAAGGAUCCAUCGGAGGAUAUAAUCUCGAGUGCCGAUUCAGAACGUAUUCUCGUAAUUUUCAAUGAUUUUAUUUCGUUCCAAGGUACCUGUUCUUGGCCAAAUAUUAACGAAAUUGUGUUAAUUAACGUUAAGAGGAAACAUAAUUUGUUUGUUUAGUAGAUGAUUUUUUUUUAUUUUAAUCGAAAGUUGCAUCGAGAAGCAAGUUUCGCGUUGAAAAAAAUCAAAAUUUAUAAACUUAUUUAAUUGUAGGAAUUGAUGGAUUAAGAUGAUAAUAUAUUAGCAUAAUGGAACUUGCUCUUUUGAUGAAUCUUUAAAAAAAUAUUCUUUUGAACGCGUGAAGACAAAUCAUUUUUUAUAUUUUCUUUUUACUAUAUGUUUUUUUUUUUUUUAAUCAAAUUAAAUGUUCAAGGUAAAAAACAGGUUCAAAUGGAGAAAAUUUUUCGAAUGAUAGAUUUUAUCAAUUCUAUUUUUUUUUAAUUUCGUUCAAAACGUCAGACAUGCGAAAAGAAAAGAAAAAUAAUUCUUCAGAGAUUGUAUUACGCGAUGUGUUACGAACAGACGAUAAAUAUGAACAAAAAUCAAAUAAAACGUUACAGUGAAUGUUAGUUAA